AUGGGAACAGCGGAGGACCUCGUUAGAUUCGACCUAGAAUCGACUCAGCUCUUAACGGUAAUGCCUGAAGAAUGUCCGUACCACGAAAGCCAAGGAUUACAAGAACAAGUCACGUUGGCUUACGAAAAGAUUAGAAGAGCUAGGAGUAUUGGGAAUCGAAUCAGUAGCUUAACUCAUGCGUAUUACUUGGGAGCAAGGAUACAGACACUUACCUCAGCCGAAAGAUUUAUCGUACGAAGCAUUUUGACCGCGUAUUAUUUGAAAGCCGCGAUCCGUACCUAUUACCUUUUCGAAUCCUAUGGAGUUGCGCAAAUCUACCGUACGACUUAUACUACGUUGCCCAUGAUUGUCAAGCUCACGAAGUACGAAUUUAACCGAUUGGUCAUGGAGGAACCCGUGGAAC